AGGGGAGAGGGUCUCCUGUCUGAUCUUUUGUCAUGGGAAGACUUUCCUCUGCUGCUCCAGAGCAGAGAGACAGACAGAAAGAGGACUCCAGCUUCAAAUCUUACAGACGGGCAGCAGAGGAUUUUAAACUAUGUAACUUGGGGAGAAAACAAAGAUUUCGCUGAAUUCUUCAUCCUUAGCUGAGAUUCUUUGAGGUCAUUGUGAUGAACAUGCUUCCUCAAAGGAGCGCUGUGGCAACACUGGGCUAUGCCUCUGACUGUUUGAAAAUGGAGCACAGCAACGGCAGCUCAGUAGGGGGCACAUUGCUGAGGGGCUCUCGCUCUAAAGCAGAACUUCAGGAACUGAUGGAGACCCUGCAGCGCAGAAAGAGUGCUCUUGAGGCCAGCCUGAGGGCAGCUGAAUGCAGUCGCAAGUACCUUAGCGUACCUGCACCUGUGGGUAGCCAAUCCAGCAGGCCGCUGUCCAUCCUCAGCAACACAGAGAGACCGCCCUCUGCCUCCAGAAACUUUUCUUACAUCAACAGCAACAGUGUGCCCCCAUCGCCACGUCAGGGUGAGCGCCAAAUUAGCUCCAAUGGCUUGCUUCGUCAUCCCUACUCUCGCCACCAAUCACAAGACAGUCUGCUGCUCUCUCAUGCUUCCGAUGGAAGCUCUCUGAUGUCCUCCUAUGGGGAGCCAGUACCUCGUUCUCCCCGGGUCAAAAGUGGCGCUGCCAGUAUGCCAUCCAGCCCUCGAAUGAGCCGUAGACUCAGCUCUCAAAGCAAAGCCAUCGGUGAGUCAAGGCAGAGGAAAUACUCCACAGGUUCCCUCAACAACCUAGGGAUGCAUAGCCGUUCUUUGCCACGACUUCACAAUGCAGCAGACCCGCCCGUUUUGUCACUGCCUUCUCGUCAUUCAGUGGGUUCCCAUAGAGUGGUGGUUUCAGCAGGACAGCGGCGCAGCCUUUCCUCCCUUGAGCAGCCCCCAGAUGUGACUGUGCCGGCAAGCAUGCCUAGCACAUCUAGGAGGUCCAGUCUUGCUUCUCUUAGCUCUCUGGGUGUAGAAAUUGAUGGAACAGUCCUGGAUUUGGGAUUAGGAGAGAGGAGGUUGUCAUUUGGGAAAAGUGGGCUAAGCCCAGGACAAAGGGUAAGCAGCAUCAGUUCUCUCAAUGGCAAAGAGGAGCUUAGAGACUACCACCAGCAUCAGAGAGAUGAAAGACUAAGGGAGCAGAGAGUGCAGAAAUUGGAAUGCCAGCGUCUAGAGACCAUCUUAAGCCUGUGCACUGAGUUUGGACAGGUGGUGCGAGAGCCAGCGGGCUCAGCUGUUUCUGAUCUACAAAAGAUCAAUAAAGAGCUGGAGAAGCUGCAGGUGUCGGACGAUGAGUCUGUGUUUUCUGACUCCCCCAGCAGCACUGCUCCAGACACCUGUUUUACUGCCAAAGCCAGAGACCUUCAGCUGCCCGAGGAGCAGCAAUCCAUCCAGCGUCAGCCGGGCAACUACAGGUCCCACUCACCUGCGACAAGCCUGAAUAGCAGUGCCCCCUCUCCUUCUACUCACCACAGAUCCAAAGCCUUGGAGAGUGUGCAGCUGAAACAGGAGGUUACUCAUAUAGAGGAAGAGAGAAUUCAGGUUCUGAACAACAUUGAAGAGCUUGAACAGAAGAUCAAAGACCUGGAUAACCAGAUGGAGGAGUCUCUGCGUGAGAUGGAGGUUGAGUGCGCCCUGCUGGAUGGAGAACAGGAGUCGGAGAUGGCUCAGCUGCAGAGGGAAAAAGAACAGUUGGAGGAACUCAAAGCAAAAAUCCAAAGUGUCGAGAAAAAAAGCCAUAAUGAAAAAUCUCAGGAAAGUGAGGAACAUACAAAAACCUCAGAGGAUUUAGAAUUUCAGAAGCUGGAAAGAGAAAUCAACCAGGAAGAGGAGAAGGAGAGUCAAAGCCAAAAGCUGCUACAGGACAUCGCCGAGUAUCAACGUCUCAGCGUCACGCGCAAGGAAAGAAUCCUGACUCUAAAGAAACAGUCCUCGCAGAUCACUUCACAGGCUCAGCAAGAAAAAGAAAACUUCCAGAGAGAAAAAACCAACUUGCUUGUCAUGCUUCAAAAGGAGAGAGACAAGCUGCUGUCUUUGGAUGGAAAGUAUGCAGAGUUGUCUGAGGGGCAAACUCUACCCAACAGUCCUGUUGCCAUCAAAGAGCACUUGGCCUCCCUAAAGGAGAGGAGAAGAAGCAGCAAAGAAAGCUCUUCCAAUCCUAUUGAAAGUACGCUUCAUAAGAGAAACCAGCAGCUCCUCGGCUCCUAUGGCAGAUCUCUGGGACGCACGCUUCCUCCCAAGGCUCAUCUGCCUUUAUCCCAAAGCUCCAGCUGUGGCAGCGUCAUUCCACAAGGCUUCAGCUUCUCCCCUCGGGAUGUAAACAUGCGUCUGCUGCCUAAGGCAGGAAACAGCUAUGUUCACAUGAAUGACGACAGACAGAGGCAAAGUGAAUUUUGCAGCAGGAUGGUCUCUGAGCCCAACGUCUUCCUGGACUCCUUCUCCUACCAGGACAACAGUCUAGCAUCGGACACCGUCAGUGUGGACAGUUCAGACAGCUUGGAGACCAGCUUCUCUGCCUGCUCACCAGACAACAUCUCAAGUGCCAGCACUUCAAACGUGGCAAAGAUCGAGGAAAUGGAGCGUUUACUCCGGGAGGCCCAGGCCGAGAAGCUGAGACUCCUUGAGCAUCGGGAGCGGGAGAUGGAGAUGCGCAGGCAGGCCCUGGAAGAGGAGAGAAGGAGGAGAGAGGAACUGGAGAAACGUCUGCAGGAGGAGACCAGCAGGAGACAGAAGCUUGUGGAGAGAGAAGUGAAACUCAGGGAGAAACAAAGAUCACAGUCUCGGCUGUUGACUCGCUACUUACCAGUGAGGAAAGAUGACUUUGACCUCCAUGGCCACAUUGAGGCAGCCGGACACAAUCCGGAUGCCUGCUUCCACCUGGCCAUCACUGAUAAAACUUGUCGAGGAUUUCUGGUCAAAAUGGGUGGAAAGAUCAAGACAUGGAAGAAACGCUGGUUUGUCUUCGACCAGAAUCGAAGGACGCUCACAUACUAUGCAGACAAACAUGAGAACAAGAUGAAAGGAGUCAUUUACUUCCAGGCCAUAGAAGAGGUUUACUAUGACCAUUUAAAGAACGCACACAAGAGCCCCAAUCCCUCUCUGACCUUCAGUGUGAAGACCCAUGAUCGGGUGUACUACAUGGUGGCUCCUUCCCCUGAAGCCAUGCGUAUCUGGAUGGAUGUCAUCGUGACGGGAGCUGAAGGACACAUGCACUUCAUGGUCUAGCAAUCCCGCUUUUAAAUUCAUUUUCCUAAACCACUUAAAGCAGUUUCACCACUCUACCCAUGUGAGAGUAAUGAUCAACACGUGCGGAUUUGGGAGGGAUUUUAAUCAGGUCAACCAAACAUUAGCUUCUCCGUACAAUUAUAGAGAUGAACUAACGAGCAUGAAGGAAAUCAGUCUCCAUGUGCACACUUCAAUAUGCAGCUGUGUAUAAAAGUAGUGAAUUGUUUAGCUUGUUUUUCUCUAGUUGUUUAUGUUCUGUGAGAUGCUGCAGCGGGUUUUAAUCUCAUGCCAGGUAGUUUUCCUUUUUUUUCAAAUCAGGGAAGAUUUCAAAGUUUGAACUUGCAACAUGUGCUGAUGGGUCUAACCCAUUAAAGCUAUUGUUUAUUUUAAAAAAGCAGUCAUAGGAAUACAAUAUAAAUCCACUUUUUUGCUUUAAAAUAGUCUUUAAUUUAAGGGUGCAAAAGCUUUAAACCAUCCCAUUUUUACUUUGCUUUCAAAGACAAUUUUUUACUUUGACAAUCAAAUAUUUUUAAUUGUUUUGUACGUCAUAGAAAGCAUGAACUGUUAGCAAUUUAACUGUAUUUGAGAUAAGCUUAUUUCUGAAAACUUCAGCAAAGACCAAAUAUAGUACCUCAUAUGCCAAAUAGCAGUUUCAGCAGGAAUUACCUUAUUGAGGCUAAAAUAACAUUAGCCGUCUGUUAAAGUGUUUAACCUUGAUAUGUUUAAUAUUUUCAGGUAAAA